GUAGUUUCACCGCGCGCUCUGUUGUUUUGUCUAGAUGCUAGCGCAAUAAACUAAGCGGUGUAGUUUCUGUAAGUAGAAAAAAAUAGCUAUUUAGUAAAAAAAUACCUGUGAUAUCCUCAUCUUCAUAGUCGUGACUAAGUUUUGAAGCACGCAGGAAUAUCUGGAGGAUUAUCAUUUGAACUGAGAUCUUCUGCUGUGAAGAUGGUGUUUGUUAAAGAGGAAAGUGAGGAGAACAUGAUUGAACCAGAAACAUGGAAAAUAAAACAAGAAGAACCAGAAACAUGGACAAUAAAACAAGAGGAACCAGAAACAUGGACAAUAAAACAAGAAGAACCAGAAACUUGGAGAAUAAAACAAGAAGAACCAGAAACUUGGAGAAUAAAACAAGAAGAAUCAGAAACUUGGAGAAUAAAACAAGAAGAACCAGAAACUUGGACAAUAAAGCACGAAGAACAAGAAGAGUUAAUUGAAGAAAAAGAAGAAAGUGAACAACUGAGUAAAAUUGAAGCGAAAAAUCACGUCAAAACUGGAGAAAAAAUCAAAAAGAAAGAUUUAAAGAAAAGAAGGACUAAGACCUCUUUCACCUGCACUCAGUGUGGAAAGAGUUUCACACACAAAACAAGUCUUGGGCAUCACAUGAGAGUUCAUACUGGAGAGAAACCGUUUACUUGUGAUCAAUGUGAGAAGAGUUUCAAACACAAAUCAAGUCUUAAGCAGCACAUAAGAGUUCAUACUGGAGAGAAACCGUUUACUUGUGAUCAGUGCGGGAAGAGUUUCAUACACAAAAGAAGUCUUGGGCUUCACAUAAGAGUUCAUGCUGCAGAGAAGCCAUUUACUUGUGGUCAGUGCGGGAAGAGUUUUACACAAUCAUCUACCCUUACGAAACACAUGAACACCCACACUAGAGAGAAGAAGCACAAAUGUGAUUGGUGUGGUGAAACGUUUCUAAGGGCUUCGAUACUGAAGGAACACUUGAACACAGUUCAUAAAAAGGAGAAGACUAGAGAAAAACCUUAUGAGUGUUCGCACUGUGAUAAGAGAUUCAGUAGGUCAAGAGACUGUAAGAUACAUGAGAGGAUUCACACUGGAGUAAAACCUUAUGAGUGUUCGCACUGUGAUAAGAGAUUCAGUAGGUCAAGAGACUGUAAGAUACAUGAGACGAUUCACACUGGAGUAAAACCUUAUGAGUGUUCACACUGUGAAAAGAGAUUUUUUAAGGCACAAGACUGUAAGACACAUGAGAGGAUACACACUGGAGAGAAACCUUAUAAGUGUUCGCACUGUGACACGAGAUUCAAUAGUUCAGGGGGCCUUAAAAUACACGAGAGGAUUCACACUGGAGAGAAACCUUAUGGGUGUUCGCACUGUGAUAAGAGAUUCAAUAGGUCAGCGGACCUUAAAGCACAUGAAAGGAACCACACUGGAGACAAACCUUAUGAGUGUUCGCACUGUAAUAAGAGAUUCAGUAGGUCAGGAGACCUUAAAAUACAUGAGAGGAUUCACACUGGAGAGAAACCUUACGAGUGUUCACACUGCAACAAGAAAUUCAGUAGGUCAGGAGAACUUAAAAUACAUAAGAGGAUCCACACUGGAGAGGAACCUUAUGAGUGUUCACACUGCAACAAGAAAUUCAGUAGGUCAGGAGAACUUAAAAUACAUGAGAGGUUCCACACCGGAGAGAAAUCUUAUGAGUGUUCACACUGUGGUAAGAGAUUCAGUCAAUCAUCAAAUCUGAAGCUUCACAUGAGAAUCCACACGGGAGAGAAACCGUUCACGUGUGAUCAGUGCGGGAAGAGUUUCACCUACAAGUGCCAUCUCGAGGUUCACGCGAGAGUUCACACCGGAGAGAAACCGUACGCUUGUGAUCAGUGCGGCAAGAGUUUCACACGAGCAACGAACCUUAAGGAUCACAUGAACAUCCACACCGGAGAGAAGCGGCACGCUUGCGAUCAGUGCGGCAAAACGUUUCUGUGGGCUUCGGUCCUGAGCACGCACCUCAAGGUUCACACAAAGGAGAAGCCGCACUCGUGUCACUUGUGUGGAAAGAGUUUCGCGUUACUCAACGGUUUGAAAGUGCAUCAGAAAAUACACGCUGGUGUGAAAGACUACAUGUGCUUUGAAUGCGACAAGACCUUUACUAGAGCAAGCUGCUUAAAACUGCACGAGAGGAUCCACACCGGAGAGAAACCGUACAAGUGCUCGCAGUGCGGCAAGGAAUUCAGACAUUUGACAAAUAUGAAAAUACACGAGAGUACUCACACCGGAGAGAAACCUUAUAAGUGUCCGCACUGUGACAAGAGAUUCAGUCAGGCGACGCAUCUUAAGAAACACGGGAGCAUUCACACCGGUGAGAAACCUCACAAGUGUCCGCACUGUGACAAGAGAUUCAGACUGUUAGGAACCCUGAAAAUACACCAGAAGAUCCACGCCCGAGAGAAAGUAGGUUAGAUACAGCACUUCCUGAUCUAGAGAAAUCAUUCCUUGACAUCCAUUGAAAAGAAGCGUCUAGUUUUCGCUGUAAAUGAUGUUAAUCGUCGUCUUCAAAACUGGCAGCAUGGACUGCAUCAACUCAAAGAACGUGUUUCUGCUCAAAGAAACCCUGUUCGAUUAUUUCAUAUAAUAAGACUUUUAAGGCCUUUUUUGUAAUUAGUGACUAAAUUAGAGAUUAAAUGUUGCGCUUUAAAAUGUUAACCUUUUAUUUGAUUGAAUGUUAUCCUCUGGUUGUGUUCAGAUUCCUGUCACUAACCGAGUAGUUUACUGGAAGACUUAGAUGUUGUUCUUGUAAACAUGGAGCAAACAGGUAGGUAAAAAUGCGUAGAUGUUUUGUAUGUAUUUAUGGUCAAAAUGACUCCAAACAAUUGCUAAUAAAUUCAGAUGUAUUAUCACAAAAAGA